AAAAGAAAACGAAUCCUGCCUCAUCAAUAUAAACGAUUACUGGAAACAUUUGAAGUAACAGAUACACCUAGUUCUGAAAUUAGAAGUCAAUUAGCUGCAGAACUUGACAUGACAAAACGAGAAGUCCAGGUUUGGUUUCAAAACCGUCGUGCAAAGAUGAACCGAUGUCGACAACAAGGACAGAUGGCGAACGGUAAAUCA